CUGUCAAUGAAACAAUUCAAGAGAAUCAAAUUGAACAAGCGAUAGAUUGUUUUGAUACCCGAAUAUAAAGAAACUUUUACCAUUUUUAUGUUAUAAUUGGACAUUUUUGAGCAUUGAAUCCAUUUGGAUGAAUAUAUUUCCGCUGGAGGAGUGAGAUGGCGUUUGUUAGCAACGAUCUUGACCAAUGCAGCUUUUGCUCUGCUAUAUGUAAUGAGGAAUUUCGUUGCGCACUAGUCCCCGCUCAAUCUGAAGAGCAGAAACUAAAACUUAUCCUGCAAAAGUUGAGCAGUUUCACUUUCCAGUUAACCAGUUAUCCUACGUGUGAAAAAUGCCACCAAGAGUUCAUAACCGUCCACAACAUUCCCAAGAGCUGCUUCCUAAUUUUGACCAGCACAGAGCCGACUGUCAUUAAAAUGGAGCCAGAGUUAAUGAUUAACGACCACAAACUCUCGAAUAACGAUAAUAUUUUCGAGACAGUCCCAAUUGAACAGAACACCGGAACUCAAAUCAAGGGGCAAAAUGGAGAGCUAUUCUCCAUCAGAGAAAUGGACGAAGUAGACGACAAUACUUUAUUGAUCCCGGUUGCAAUGGCAAACACACAAAGAAAAGGAGAAAAUCCGUUCAAGUGUGACAAAUGCGAAAAAACAUUCGCCUCAAAAUUUGGACUCAAAGAGCACUUUCGAACUCAUACGGGAGAACGACCCUAUUCUUGUUCACAUUGUCCGAUGGCGUUUAUGCGUACUUCGACGCUCAAACAGCACAUUCGAAUUCAUACUGGUGAACGACCUUAUACUUGUCCACAUUGUCCGAAGGCGUUUAAGCAAACUACAACGCUUAAUAUACACAUUCGAAGUCAUACGGGUGAUCGUCCCUAUUCUUGUUCACAUUGUCAGAAGACGUUUAUGGAUCCUACAACGCUUAAAAUGCACAUUCGAAUACAUACGGGUGAACGUCCCUAUUCUUGUCCACAUUGUCAGAAGACGUUUAAGGAUACUACAAAACUCAAACUGCACAUUCGAAUACAUACAGAUGAACGCCCCUAUUCUUGUCCUCAUUGUCCAAAAAUGUUUAAGGAUUCCUCAGCGCUGCAAAGCCACAUUCGAACUCAUACGGAUGAACGCCGCUUUUCUUGUCCACAUUGUCCGAAGGCAUUCAAGCGUACUACGGAGCUCACGCAGCACAUUCGAACUCAUACUAAUGAACGUCCCUAUUCUUGUCCACAUUGCACAAAAACGUUCAACCAGCCUUCGGCGCUGCGUUAUCACAUUCGAGCUCAUACGGAUAAAGGUGCCUUUUCCUGUCCACAUUGUUCGAAGGCGUUUGAGCAUACUACAGAACUCACGCAGCACAUUCAAAGUCAUACUGAUGAACGUCGCUAUUCUUGUCCGCAUUGCCCAAGAACGUGUAUAGCUCCUUCAACACUCCAAAAGCACAUUCGAACGCAUACGGGGGAACGUCCAUAUUCUUGUUCACAUUGCCCAAAAGCGUACAACCAGUCUUCGUCGUUGCAGUAUCACAUUCGAACUCAUACGGUUGAAGAUCCCUUUUCCUGUCCACAUUGUCCAAAGACGUACAAGCAUUCUAAAACGCUCAAACUGCACAUUCGAACCCAUUCUACGGCAACUGAACAUCCCUUUUCUUGUCCAUGUUGUCCGAAAACGUUCGACCAUUCUACAACACUCAAAUUGCAUGUUGAAACUCAUACAGGAGAUCAUGUGUUACCAUCCAAUCCAUUUGUUGUGAGUAAAACCAUCACCAAAUUCGUGAAAGAUUUUAAUAAAAACAACGCCCGACCAUCAAAGGACGAUAAGAAGAGAACGCAGUACAUCUUAACGGCCAGAGACGAGGACACCAUCGCGAUCAUCUCCCAAUAUGUAUUUCCCUUGGCCAACCUUCUCCAGAAGUUUCAACAAGGCCUAGAUGGAAAUUUGAAUAUGCAAACUGGGCUGGCUAUCAAUGUGACAUUGAAAGCUGCCUCUCAGCCAAACCAGAUCGGACACCCGAGGACUUUUCCCAAGCCGUCCUUGAGGUUGCAAUACGACACAUUCCUAGAACCAGCGGAAAUCCUGGUAGAAAAUGCGUCCCAUGGUGGACACCUGAAUGACCAAUGCAGUUUCUGCUCUGCUUUAUGCAAUGAGAAAUUUCAUUACGUGCUAGUCCCCGCCAAUCUUCGAAAGCAGAAAUUAAAAAUUAUCCUGCAGAAAUUGAGCGUUUUCACUUCCCAGUUAACCAGUUAUCCUACGUGCAAAAAAUGCCACCAACAGUUCAUAACCAUCCACAACAUUCCCAAGAGCUGCUUCCAAUUUUUGCCCAGCGUUGAACCGACUGCCAUCAAGAUGGAGCCAGAGUUAAUGAUUGAUGACCACAAGCUGUCGAGUAAUGAUAACAUUUUCGAGACAGUCCCAAUUGAACGGGAAGCCGAAACUCAAGUCAAGGAACAAAAUGGAGAGCUGUUCUCCAUCAGAGGAAUGGACGAAGCAGACGACAGUACGUUAUUGAUUCCGGUUGCAAUAACAAAUACACAAAGAAAAGAAGAGAAACCAUUCAAAUGUGACAAAUGCGAAAAAACAUUUCGCUCAAAAUUCAGACUCAAAGCGCACUUCCGAAUUCAUACAGGUGAACGUCCCUAUUCUUGUCCACAUUGUUCGAGGGCGUUUAUCAAUAGUUCAAAUCUCAAACUACACAUUCGAUCUCAUACGGGUGAACGUCCCUUUACUUGUGUCCACUGUCAGAAGACGUUUAAGGAUUCGUCAAAUCUCAAACUGCACAUCCGAAUACAUACGGGUGAACGUCCCUAUUCUUGUCCCCAUUGUCAGAAGGCGUUUACGGAUCAUACAAAACUCAAACUGCACAUUCGAAUACAUACAGAUGAACGUCCCUAUUCUUGUCCUCAUUGUCCAAAAAUGUUUAAGGAUUCUUCAGGGCUGCGGAUCCACAAUCGAACUCAUACUGAUGAACGCCGCUUUUCUUGUCCACAUUGUCCGAAGGCGUUCAAACGUACUACGGAUCUCACGCAGCAUAUUCGAACUCAUACUGGUGAACGUCCCCAUUCUUGUCCACAUUGUCAUAAAACUUUUGGGCACAGAUCUAGUCUCGCACAGCACAUCCGAACUCAUACUGGUGAGCUUCCCUACUCUUGUCCGCAUUGCCCAAAAGCGUUCUGCAAGCCUUUGAUGCUGCAAUUUCAUAUUCAAACUCAUACGGAAGCAUUCAAGCGUACCACAGAACUCACACAGCACAUUCAAACUCAUACUGGUGAACGUCUCUAUACUUGUUCGCAAUGCUCAAAAGCGUUUGAGGAUCGUAAUUCGCUCCAGUUGCACAUUCGAACUCAUAUGGGUGAACGUCCCUAUUCUUGUCCACAUUGCUCAAAAGCAUACAACCGGUCGUCGUCGCUGCGAUAUCACAUUCGAACUCAUACGGAUAAAGGUCCCUUUCCCUGUCCACAUUGUCCGAAGACGUACAAGCAUUCUAAAACGCUCAAACUGCACAUUCGAACCCAUUCUACUGCAAGUGAACGUCAAAUUGCAUCUUGAAACUCAUACUGAUGAAUGUCCUUGUCUAUCAUGUUCGAAGGCGUGUAAGCAUUCUACGACGCCAAAAAUGCACAUUCUAGUUCAUACGGGUUGAUCAAAGCUGUAUCUGACCUGGAAUGUGUCUAUCAUGUGCUCACACGGAGCAUCUGUAUCGCUAUACACUAUACCAAGACGGGUCUAUGGUACUAGGUGAGGCCGUUUCGUCACUAAGUUGGUUAGGGGAGCGGUAUAUGAAAACAGCACGGAAGAAAGUAGAAGGGGAAUUAUUUCCUUGUAGCGUGAAAGAGACAGACUGAUCACCAGCGAGCUUCGGCAAUAGCGUAUUGUGUUUUGUUUACAAACAAAACACAGUAGACUUCCAAGAUGGCUGAAGAGUGGUUUUAGCAAGUUGGCCCACCUUAGUAUAUACUUCUAGGCGCCUUGCACUAUACCUCACAAGCAGAUGAACAACCGUUUGAUGAGGCUCGGUGCAGUCUUCUAACGAAACGUCGUUCCUGUAGGAGAGACUAUCUUGUUCUAUCCUCGUCGACGGCAUUGAGCUUCGUAUUACGAAAUGGGGGAGUAAGCAUGACAAUAUGGAUUUGCAGAAAAAAAGAACACACUUUUAAAAUAAAAGUUAUGAAUGAAAAUUAUUCUUCCCAAAUCAAAUUAGUACUUUAUGUAAAUGAAAAUCACUUUUGUGAAAAGUAGUGAAAAAAUAUCGUACAAAAAUUGUUUUUGAGGACUAUUUCAUAUUAUAGUGGUAACUUUUGGUGAGAAUAUCUGAAAAUUCAUACAAUAAAGUUUAAAUUAGGGUCAGAACAACGUAAGAAGUACGCCAAGGUAAAUAACGCCAAGAAAAAAUGUUCAUACAAAUUUUAGCAAUUUAAAACUGCAUUAAGCGGACCUUACACGGUUAACUUUAUUGACAAUAUGAUGACAUUUGAGAGCAUGGGCGACGACGCAGAAAUCCGGAUUUUCGAGCAUCAAUAUCGUGACAUUUCAUAUGGAUGCAUGAUGUUGACGUUUUACCUCACGGACUUCCAGACUGAGUUGCCAGAUAUGCAAGCGUACAUUUAAUUUUUGUUGGUCUUUUUUGCGAUUGCAAUUAAAAUUUAUAAACUACUGAAAUUGUAGGAAUCAUAAAUGGAAGCUUUUGGUUUGGAAAACCGAUACUUUGAAUAGCAAAAUGCGGUACUUUUCACGAUACAAAUCAAAACUUCAAAGUAAACUGACAAUGUGAUGGUGAGAGAGUGGAUGAAACUUAACAACGUUUUAGGAAUUUUUUAACGUUGAACUCGGUCAUUCUUUGCGCUAGUGAGCGGGUUGUGUGUUUCUUCACACUCCGCUAUAAAAUUUGGAGAAUGAGAAAAUCUGGGAAAAUGACAGAUGAAAAAACAUCAUGUGUUAAUUCAAGCUACAGUAGAAUCCCGAUUAUCCGCGGAAUAGUCGGGCAAACUCACCGCGAUUAACGAAAAUCGCGGAUGACCUAUUAAAGGACAAAAAAUGCAAACACGAAAAGAGAUGUUUCAACAUAAAAACUAUGUUCUAUCAAUACAGAAAUCAAUCAACUAUCCAUCUAUGAGGUCGUGUACACCAGUGGCUAAAUAAUGUAAAAGCCAUGACCACAACAAAAGAGCAUGGGCCUACCACUCACUAACAAAUUCCGGAAAGGCCUAUUGAUUUACUAUGGAAUUCGCAGUCACGAAUAAUCCGCAGGGCGGAUCACCCGCUCGCGGUUAAUCGGGGUUCUACUGUCAUAGUCUCAUUUAUGGAAUAAAAACAUUUGCUUGCAGAUAAUAAAACUUGCAUAUAUUUUCGCAAACUAAAAUAAUCUGGCAUCUCUGAAACUGAAAGGAACAGUCUGUAUUUGUGAAACGAGUAUUAUGAUGUAAAGGGUGUGUCACAUCAAAUUGCAUCACAGAAAAAACGUUGUAGAAAUUUAAUUUUUAGGAAUUAUAUCUUCAGCUUUCGCUUAUAAUCAGAUAAGAGUAUAUAGAUCACGUUGGCCAUGCUUCACUGUCAAUUUUUCGUAAAUUUGGAAAAAUGUCGUCGAACGAAAAAGAGCGUCGUGAAUUAAUCCUGUGCACUCAUUUCGAGAAUCCGGAGUUGUCACAUCGAGACAUCGGUAAGAUGCUGGGAAUCGUCCAAUCCACGGUCAGCAGAGUACUAAAA